CAGGAGGUUUUAGAUGAACAUAAGAUCAGUCUGAGGAGGAGAUGUAAACGUGUGACUGAAGAAACUGAUGGAACAGGAAGUGAAACCCUCCUCAACAGGAUCAACAGGAGUGAAGAGGUUAUUACCCAACAUGAGGUGAGGCAGCUGGAGACAGCUUCCAAGAUGGAUACCCUCCGUGACGUUCCAAUCAAGUGCCAUGAUAUCUUUAAAGCCUUACCUGACCAACAGAAACGCAUCAGAGUCGUUCUGAUGAACGGCGUCGCUGGCAUUGGAAAAACCUUCUCAGUGCAGAAGUUCACUCUGGACUGGGCAGAGGGCUCUGAAAACCAAGACGUCAGUCUGCUGGUUCUGCUUUCGUUCAGGGAGCUGAACCUGAUCAAAGAUGAGCAGUACAGUCUUCUCAUGCUGCUCCACGUUUUCCAUCCAACAUUAAAGAAGCUCACAGCAGAGAAGCUCGCUGUCUGUAAAGUGUUGUUCAUCUUUGACGGCCUGGAUGAAAGCAGACUUUCACUGGAUUUCAGCAACAGGGAGGUUGUGUCUGAUGUCUCACAGAAGUCAUCUGUCAACGUGCUGCUGACAAACCUCAUCCAGGGGAAUCUGCUUCCCUCGGCUCUGGUCUGGAUAACUUCCCGACCUGCGGCAGCCAAUCAGAUCCCUCCUGAAUGUGUUGACAGGGUAACAGAAGUACGAGGCUUCACUGACGCCCAGAAGGAGGAGUACUUCAGGAGGAGAUUCAGUGAUGAAGAGCUGUCCAGAAGAAUCAUCUCACACAUCAAGACAUCCAGGAGCCUCCACAUCAUGUGUCAGAUCCCAGUCUUCUGCUGGAUCUCUGCUACAGUUCUGGAGCACAUGUUGACCACAGAGCAGAGAGGAGAGCUCCCCAAGACCCUGACUGACCUGUACUCACACUUCCUGCUGGUUCAGACAAAGAGGAAGUAUGAUGAGGGACAUGAGACAAGUUCACAGGAGCUGACGAAGGCUGACAGGGAAGUUCUUCUGAAGCUGGGGAGGCUGGCGUUUGAACAUCUGGAGAAAAGAAACAUCAUGUUCUACCAAGAAGACCUGGAGCACUGUGGUCUUGAUGCCUUGGUUUACUCAGGAGUUUGUACAGAGAUCUUUAAAAGAGAGAGUGUGAUCUUCCAGAAAACAGUCUACUGCUUUGUUCAUCUGAGCAUUCAGGAGUUUCUGGCUGCAGUCUACAUGUUCCACUGUUACACAGAGAGGAAGACAAGACAGCUGAGGACUUUCCUGGGACAAGACUACAAACACUGGGACUCAAAACCUUCAAAGUGUUUUGAAAAUAACAGUAGUAGCUACCCAUCGCUCGAUGUCCUCCUGAGUGAUGCCAUGGAGAAAUCCAUCGAAAGUGAAAAUGGCCACCUGGACCUGUUUGUUCGCUUCCUUCAUGGCCUGUGUCUGGAGUCCAACCAGAGACUCUUAGGAGGCCUUCUGGGUCAGACAGAGAACAGACCAGAAAUCAUCCAGGGAGCCAUCGACAACCUGACGGAGAUGAACACAGAUGAUAUCUCUCCUGACAGAAGCAUCAACAUCUUCCUCUGUCUGAUGGAGAUGAAUGACCGCUCAGUACAUCAGGAGAUCCAAGAGUUCCUGAAGUCAGAGAACAGAUCAGAGAAGAGACUCUCUGAGAUCCACUGUUCAGCUCUGGCCUACGUUCUGCAGAUGUCAGAGGAGGUUCUGGAUGAGUUGGACCUGAACAAGUACGACACAUCAGAGGAGGGAAGACGGAGACUGAUCCCAGCUGUGGGGAACUGCAGAAAGGCUGUAUUGAGUUCCUGCAGUUUGUCAGAGAUCAGCUGUGCUUCUCUGGCCUCAGCUCUGAAGCCCAACCCCUCCCAUCUGAGACACCUGGAGCUGAGUGACAACUACCUGCAGGAUUCAGGAGUGAAGCUGCUGUGUGGUUUUCUGGAGAGUCCACACUGUAGACUGGAAACUCUGAGACUGAGCAGCUGUAACCUCUCAGAGAGAAGCUGUGAAGCUCUGUCCUCAGUUCUCAGCUCCCAGUCCUCUAGUCUGAGGGACCUGGACCUGAGUAACAACAAGCUGCAGGAUUCAGGGGUGAAGCUUCUGUCUGCUGGACUGAAAAGUCCACAGUGUAACCUGGAGAUUCUCAGACUGAGCAGCUGUAACCUCUCAGAGAGAAGCUGUGAAGUUCUGUCCUCAGUUCUCAGCUCCCAGUCCUCUCGUCUGAGGGACCUGGACCUGAGUAACAACAAGCUGCAGGAUUCAGGGGUGAAGCUUCUGUCUGCUGGACUGAAGAGUCCACACUGUACCCUGGAGACUCUCAGACUGAGCAGCUGUAACCUCUCAGAGAGAAGCUGUGAAGCUCUGUCCUCAGUUCUCAGCUCCCAGUCCUCUAGUCUGAGACACCUGGACCUGAGUAACAAUGACCUGCAGGAUCCAGGAGUGAAGUUUCUGUCCGCUGGACUGAAGAGUCCACACUGUACCCUGGAGACCCUCAGGCUGUCAGGAUGUCUGAUCACAGAGGAAGGAUGUGCUUCUCUGGCCUCAGCUCUGAGCUCCAACCCCUCCCAUGUGAGAGAGCUGGACCUGAGCUACAAUCAUCCAGGAGACUCAGGAGUGAAGCUGCUGUCUGCUGGACUGGAGGAUCCACACUGGAGACUUGACACCCUCAGGGUGGAGCCUGGUGGAGUCCAAUGGUUGAGAUCAGGUCUGAGGAAGUAUUUCUGUGAACUCACCAUCGACACAAACACAGUAAACAGAAAGAUCAAACUGUCUGACAACAACAGGAAGGUGACACAUGUGGAGGAGGAUCAGUCAUAUCCUGAUCAUCCAGACAGAUUUGACCAGUGGCCUCAGCUGCUGUGUAGUAAUGGUCUGACUGGUCGCUGUUACUGGGAGGUCGAGUGGAGAGGAAGGGUUGAUAUAUCUGUGAGUUACAGAGGAAUCAAAAGGAAAGGAGACACAGAAAACUCUGUUUUUGGAGAGAACGAUCAGUCCUGGAGUCUGAGCUGCUCUGAUGGUCGUUACUCUUUUUGGCACAAUAACAGAAAGACAAGUCUCUCUUUCUCCUCCUCCUUUUCAUCAUCUUCCUCUGUCUCUGACAGAGUAGCAGUAUAUGUGGACUGUCCUGCUGGCUCUCUGUCCUUCUACAGAGUCUCCUCUGACUCACUCAUCAACAUCUACACCUUCAACACCACAUUCACUGAACCUCUGUAUCCUGGGUUUAGUUUCUGGGAGUCUGGUUCCUCAGUGUCUCUGUAGAGUGUAGCAGGGAGAGUCUCCUCCUGUUAGAGCCGUCCUUGAAAAUAGUGGGGCGCGGUGCGAUGCCGGGGGGGCGCGUGUGACCCUGGGGAACAUGCUUUUUUUUUUGGGUACCAGAAUAAAGUGUAAUUGCACAUCCACUACAGAAGGUGGCAGUGGCGCUCUCAUUGUCAGAGUGUGCACAGGGAGUAUAAAAGCUAUGCUGUAGGCGAUAUGAAGUGCAGUGAACAAACCCUCAAGAGACACCAUGGAAAAAGGGAUGAAAAGAAAUGCGGAGAGAGACAGAGGUAAUGAGACAUACGAAAGUCACCUGAAAGCUAAGACGAGGAAAUAUGACGAAGCGUAUGUAGCGCUUGGCUUCACUGUGAAUACGGUGGGAGACGAGGAAAGACCGGUGUAUUUGUGUCUUAAAAUGUUGGCAGCAGACAGCAUGAAGCCAAAUAAAUUAAGGCGUCACUUAAAGACAUUACACCCCAGUCA